AUAAAAUGCCAUUUAUUCAUGCAUCUUACCCAUCUUUUAAUAUUUUAAAUUUUGUGCUACUAAAUUGGCAAAUGUCCCUGUUCAUUUUUAUAUAAUGACACAUUGGCUGAUGCAUAAUCAUCCAGAAUCUGCUAAUAUUAUAUCUAAUAUGCUCCAGUUACCUUGUUCUCAGCGCUGUUGUUUCGCGGGCAGACAGCAGGUGGCGGCAUAUUCAACACUCGCAACACAAUGAUAUUUGAAAUGACUUGAGAUGAAACGCUUGAUGAAUUUGAUAUGUCAUAUCGUAUGAUAUCGUAUGCUUCUAUUAUUUUAGGGAUUAAACUCACCCCGAGCAGUGUACGACUCUGUCUUUCUGUAAGUGUUUUGAAAAGUCACAAUUACUUUGCCAUUAGUCUCUGUUGACGGGACAGUCUUGUUCCGUGACUGCUGUGAAUUUCCUCAAAGAAACCUACAUAAACAAACAUCAAACACCAGGAUAAUUCUGAUGACGAGUGCUGGGAGAUUUUCUGGCAUAUUUUAUCGACAUUAUUUUUGUUCCAUCGUGUGUGUGUGUGUGUCUGUGUAACGUUAUAUGUUUGUCUCGGACGAGGGAUUUCCCGUAUGUUGGAUGUUUAUUCUUGCGGUUAUUCGUGUUUCUCUGAAGUCUUCAUCUCUUAAUGUUGCUGGAGGGAGAAACACGCUUCCACGUAAUGGUAAUGCUCCACCCAUCUCUCCACCUAGUGCAAUUUACAUUAUUUAAGAAUAGAAACACCUUCCUCUGACAUGACUUGAGAAGUGUCGCCUGUGAAAGUAAAGUCAAGCUGUCUGCAUUCACUAAGACAUGAACUUAGAUGGGGACUGCAGCAUGUCAGUCAGUUGUGGGAAUGGCAAACUUAGACAGUGGCUCAUCGAUCAGAUUGACAGCGGGGAGUAUCCUGGCUUGGUUUGGGAAAAUGACGAGAAAAGCAUUUUCAGGAUUCCCUGGAAACACGCGGGGAAGCAGGACUACAAUCGCGACGAGGACGCGGCGCUCUUCAAGGCAUGGGCUCUGUUCAAAGGCAAAUACAGGGAAGGCUUGGACAAACCAGACCCUCCAACGUGGAAGACGAGGCUCCGCUGUGCCCUGAACAAAAGUAAUGAUUUUGAUGAACUGGUGGAGCGAAGCCAGUUAGACAUAUCUGAUCCUUACAAGGUCUACAGGAUAAUACCAGAAGGAGCAAAGAGAGGCUCUAAGGCCAGUAGUAUGGAGGACAACACGGCACACGUGACUCCUGUUAGUUAUCCCAUGCAUUCUCCUUAUACCUCUCUACAGCCUCAGAUCCCAGGAUAUAUGCUCCCCCAGGAGAGGCGUGAUUGGAGGGAAUACAGUGCAGACCAGCCUCAUGCCCAGACGCCUCACGCGGAGUUACCGUACGGCCAGUGUCCGUAUCCCCCGACUCGCUCCUUACCCUGGCACGCAUCACCCUGUGACAACGGAUACCAGGUAUCUGGCUCCUUCUACUCCUACUCACCGACAGAAACCCAUCCAGUGGCAAUAGACCCCAGUAUGAGAUCCGCUGAAGCCAUGGCCAUUUCAGACUAUCGGCUGCACGUCUCGCUGUACUAUCGCGAGUCACUCGUUAAGGAAGUGACCACCAGCAGCCAUGACGGUUGUCGAAUCUCGUCCUCCUCGUCCCCGGGAUCCCCUUCGUCCCCUUCUUCUCCUUGCCCAGAGGAAAGGCUCUAUGGUGGGGCAGAGCCUGUGCUCUUUCCCUUCCCAUACCCUCAGUCCCAGCGGCGCGGGGCUGAGAAGCUGCCCAACAUCUUGGAGCGUGGCGUUCUGCUGUGGCUGGCGCCGGACGGGCUGUACGCCAAGCGCCUGUGCCAAGGCAGGGUGUAUUGGGAGGGCCCACUGGCACCGUAUGCAGACAAGCCAAACAAGCUGGAGAAAGAGCAGACCUGCAAGCUGAUGGACACGCAACAAUUCCUGUCAGAAUUGCAGGGUUUCAUCCACCACGGCCGCCCCAUGCCGCGCUCUCAGGUGGUGCUGUGCUUUGGGGACGAGUUCCCAGACCCCCAGCGGCAGAGCAAAAUGAUCACAGCUCAGGUGGAGCCCAUGUUUGCCAGGCAGCUCCUGUAUUUUGCAGGCCAGACCAACGGUCACUACUUGCGCGGAUACGAGCUUCAGAGUCACGGUGCUUUACCUGUAGAAGAGUAUCAGAGGAGCAUCCAACACUUGCAAGACUAACCGUCACAUAGAAGAGCUCAUGUUCCCGGAGCCAGCCAAAUGGAGGAUCAUUAACAUGGCAAUGCAGACUUGAAAAAUCGUAUUGCAAUUGCCUGACCAAGUAACCACUUUCACAUCCCUAAAGCUACAAACUGCUCCUCGGACACAGUGAUCAUACAUUGAUUUUCAUGAUGAUCAAAGUUGCUGGUUUUGGCGGUCCAAAACUCUGAGAACACAUGGGAGAUCUGAGAUUCUUGGUCAGAAUAGGAUCAUCAGGUUUUGUUCAUGUCGGUGGUCAUGAAAGCGAAACAACAAAAUUUUAUUAGAAAAGUUCAGCUUUUCACUCAAAUCAUCAUGCUUUUGUAGUGAAACAUGUUGUAUUAAAUUAGAAAAGAUAAAGCAGGUUUUAAUGGGCCAAAAGUAACAACUACAAAUGUAACUAUUUUUCUCUCAAAAUAUAGUAAGAAUUGUUUGUUAGUGGGUCAAAUAUUUUUGAUAAAUCGCUGUAUAUUUGCAUAGAUUUUCUUUUUUCCAGUCUGUAUUACACUGCUUUCCUAACACAGUUCUCUAUUUUUCUCAUUGUUUUUUAACUCGGCGACAUGAGUAUUUAUAUUGCAGGCGUGUAGGUGUCUAAAUGCAAAGCCGAAUGUACUGUAUAGGUGUAUAGAUAUCUUGAAUGUAAUCAAAGUAAUUAUUUCUCUGAAUGACAUCUGACAAGAAGUUAUAUAAUGCUAAAUACUAAGAAACAGUUUGUGGCUGUGCGUGUGUGUGAUUGUUAUCUGCCUUCGAGUAAAGAUCUAUGUUGCAAAUGUUAUCAAUUCAAAAUCUGCUUUUAGCCAGUGUACUGUGUGUGUGUGUGUGUGUGAGAAAAAGAGUGUGUAGUGUGUGUCUCGCACGAGAUCAGGUAACUGCCCACAAAACUGUGAUGAUGUCAGA